ACCCUUGACUUACUGCCUCUGUACCUCCAGUCAGUCUGGCCCUGAAGUAUACUAUGUCAGGUUCCUUCAGUUGUGCUGUAGUGAAGAAAGUGUUCCAGCUGAAGGCCAGACUCCACUGCGUAAAGCUUUCCCAGGCAGCUGCAGACUUAAAAGUGUUCUUCUUGCAGAAUGCUCAGUAUAAUCAUCUGCUGACUGGAGUAUCCUCAAGUAUAAAUCCCUUCAGACUACAGAACUUCUGUUCCUUUUUGUAG